AUGAGAGGGGCGGCGGCGGCGAAACCAGUACGGAAAGUGAGAGUCGGACUGGCAAGUGGAAGAGAGGAGGAGUGGUUGGGGGGAGAGAAGGGCCGCGCGCUGUCUUUCGCUCGGCGAAGAAGAAUUCACGUGGAUUACGGUCUUCUUCAUCCAUUAGCGGAAUUGGAUGGAAAACGGGGGGAGAUGGCGGCGGCGCCAAAAGUCGUGUGCCGGUCCCCUGAGGCGUUGGCUCGAAUUUGCCGGUGCAUUCGGCCCACUAAACGAUGGGGCGGCCGAAAACAGGCGGCCGCCGAAUAG